AUGUCUCUUCCUAAUCACUCUGGCUCAUCGGCCUUCAAGUCCUUCUCUUACAUUGUCGGCACAGGCAUCAAGAGAGCCGCAAAGCUCUCGACUCGGAAUCCUAUUGAGAUGAUCGUCGUUGUCCUCAUCCUCUCUUCAUUCAGCUACUUUUACCUUUUCAACCUUGCCCGCACCUCUGACAUCUUCUCUGGAACCGUCACACGCCUAUACCCUACCUCAGUGUAUGCUCCAACCAAGGACCACUCCUUCUCAGUUGUCGAUCGCACAGCCGAUUCCACCAUCGCAAACAAUGCCGUCAAGGUCCACCUGCACCAAAUCGUCGUCUCUGAUCCUAAGCACGGUGUCCUAUCUCGUCAAACCCUUGCCUCUGUGCUCCGGUUCCAACAAAUGGCCGAGAAUGAAAUUUACGUGCCCGAUAGCACAGCCGUCAAUCGAUUUGCGUUCAAUAAAGACCUGUGUUACAAGACCACCCUUCCAUCUUCUUAUUCUUCUCAUUCCUCAGACUCAAACUCAAACUCAAACCUCAAUUCUAAAACCAGUCCUUGUUUUGCCCAUUCUCCUGCUGAUAUCUGGCAGGACGAAGCCACUCUCCUGGCCGACAAGAACAUCCGCUCCACCAUCGAAGCCAACCUCGACACCGCAAAGAACGUCUUUGGCGAUCUCCAGCUCAAUGCAACCUACGCCAGCUCAGUCACACUCUCGUACGCCUUCAACACUACGGGCGACUAUCGCGAACAUCUGGCCGACAUGUGGAAACACAAGGUCGCAACCUUACCUCCUGCCGACCUCGUCUCACUCUCAAACAUCGGCCAGCAAGAAAACGUCUUUGCCUGGCUCUUUAUCGUCACACGCAAUGUCAUCUUCCGCGUCAAGGAACUCAUCGAUCUUGCAGACAACAUUGAUAUCAUUGUCAUUCUGGUCGGAUACAUCAUGAUGAUUGCAACCUUUAUCUCUCUCUAUGUCAACAUGCGUGCAAUGGGAUCCCGUUACACUCUGGCUACUGCUGUCGUAUUCAAUGGAUUCUUCUCUUUCAUGUUGGCGCUUCUGACUGUGCGCGCUCUUGGAGUCGAUGUAUACCCUGUUGUGUUAGCUGAGGCCAUUCCGUUUUUGGCUGUAACGAUCGGUUUCGAGCGACCCUUUAAGCUUACCAAGCGCGUCUUCCAGUUCAGCAAAGAAACACCCUUGACCAAGCAAGAGAUCCGGACCACAAUCAUGCGCGCAGUAGACACCGUUGCUCUGCCAAUUGCUCGCGAUUGCUUUAUGGAAAUCAUCGUCCUUGUCCUGGGUGCCAAGUCUGGAAUUUCUGGUCUUGAAGAGUUCUGUUUGCUGAGUGCAAUCCUUUUGGCCUAUGAUUUCAUUAUCAUGUUUACCUGGUACACCGCCGUGCUGGCACUCAAGUUGGAGUUGUUGCGAAUUAGAGAAAUCAAUGGCAUCUCUGCUGAUGAUAUCAAAAAGGGAACCAAAAAGUCAACCGGAUACAUUCGCCGCACUGUUAUCAAGGCAUUCAGCGACGAUCAUGCUGCUGGUGCCAACACUGCCAACCAAAAGGCUGAUGGCCCCAUCAUUGGUCGUGUCAAGCUAUUGAUGAUUGUUGGCUUUGUGGUUAUGCACAUCUUCAAGUUCUGCUCUGCAUUCCAGUCCGUUGGUCCUCAGGUCAAUAUUACCGAACCUUCGAUUGCUGUUGUGCUGGACCAGCUGCUUGAACAGCACAAGGCAUCUUCCCAGGCAUCCCUUCCUCUCUUUGUCCAGGUCUUCCCUGCCAUGCCGUUCCAUGUGGCCACUGUCAACAAGAGCUUUGUGCCUGACGCCAUUACUCGUCCUCUCGAGGCCCUCUUUGACACCUACGCAGUCUACAUCCAGCACCCUGUCAUCAGCAAGUGGCUCACCAUUGCCCUCUUUGUUUCUCUCUUCUUGAACACCUACCUGUUCAAUGUUGCCAAGCAACCAAAGCAGAUUGUCGAACAAGUCAACCAGGAUAAGAAAAUCACCAAUGCAAUCGAAAGCACCCAACAACAACAUAUUGAAGUAACCGAAAAGCAAAAGCCAACAAUCCAGUCUCCUGGUCCUGUUGUUUCUUCUGCUGUUGUGAUGUCUCCUAAUCACAAGCGCUCCCACAACCACCACCAUAGUCAUAGCCAUAGCCACAAUCACCACAGCAACCACCACCAGUCCGAUAUUGUGCGCCCUAUUGACGAAUGUGUUGCGCUUGUGCGUACACCGGAAAUGUUGAACGACGAGGAAGUUAUUUCGCUGGUUGAGAAUGGAAAGAUGGCAUCCUAUGCUCUCGAAAAGGUCUUGGGUGAUCUCCAGCGCGCAGUUGGAAUCCGCCGUGCACUGAUCUCGCGUGCCUCGAUUACCAAGACUCUGGAAGCCAGUGCUUUGCCUCUUGAGAACUACCACUACGACAAGGUGAUGGGAGCAUGCUGUGAGAACGUGAUCGGAUACAUGCCCAUUCCCGUGGGUGUUGCUGGCCCUAUGAACAUUGACGGAGACCUGAUCCACAUUCCCAUGGCAACGACCGAAGGCUGUCUAGUUGCCUCUACUGCUCGCGGCUGCAAGGCCAUCAAUGCCGGUGGCGGAGCUUCGACAAUUGUGAUCGCUGAUGGCAUGACCCGUGGACCCUGCGUUGAGUUCCCCACAAUUCUGCGUGCCGCUGCCUGCAAGCUCUGGAUCGAAAACGAGGGCAACGACAUUGUUACCAACGCAUUCAACUCGACCUCGCGCUUUGCUCGUCUCCGCAAGCUCAAGAUUGCCCUGGCUGGUAAGCUUGUGUUCAUCCGCUUCUCGACAACCACUGGCGAUGCCAUGGGCAUGAACAUGAUUUCCAAGGGCUGUGAAAAGGCCUUGAGCAUCAUCACCGAACACUUCCCUGACAUGCAGAUCAUCUCUCUGUCCGGAAACUACUGUACCGACAAGAAGCCAGCAGCAAUCAACUGGAUUGAGGGCCGUGGAAAGUCUGUUGUGACCGAGGCUGUCAUUCCAGGCGCCAUUGUUGAAAAGGUUCUCAAGACAACCGUGGCUGCACUUGUGGAGCUGAACAUCAGCAAGAACCUGAUCGGAUCUGCAAUGGCCGGAUCCGUUGGUGGUUUUAAUGCCCAUGCUGCCAAUAUCCUGACUGCCAUCUACCUGGCCACCGGACAGGACCCUGCCCAGAACGUCGAGAGUUCGAACUGUAUUACGCUCAUGAAGGCUGUCAACGACAACAAGGAUCUGCACAUCUCAUGCACCAUGCCCAGUAUCGAGGUUGGUACCAUUGGCGGUGGCACGAUCCUACCACCCCAGCAGUCUAUGCUCGACAUGCUCGGUGUUCGUGGCCCUCACCCAACCGAACCCGGAAAGAAUGCCCAGCGUCUGGCCCGUAUCAUCUGUGCUGCUGUCAUGGCAGGCGAACUCUCACUGUGUGCAGCCCUUGCUGCUGGACACUUGGUAAAGGCUCAUAUGGCCCAUAACCGUGGCACACAGGCUCCCACAAUUACUUCUGGACCUGCGCCUUCCACAGGCACAGAACCAGGAACUUGCAUCAAAUCUUAAUAUAUAUAUAUAUAUAUACACACCCAUUUUUUUUUUCUUUUUCUUUUUAAAAAAAGAAAAGACAUACACAUACACAUACUCAAUCACACAUUCACUUACACACCUACACACUUAUCAUUCCAAAAAAUAAUAAUAUAAAGAAGACUAAGUACC